AAGUUGCAGCGUGGGGGCACCGUCCGCAGAGAGAAGAAAAGAAGCGCGGUGUUCGACAGGAAGACCGGCCCCAGUAAUUCUGUGAAAGUUUGUUUUUAAAGUUCUUUUUGAACCAGCAGAACUUACAGGACUAUGGCGUACAGAGGCCAAGGACAGAAGGUUCAGAAGGUUAUGGUGCAGCCGAUUAAUCUUAUCUUCAGAUAUCUUCAAAAUCGAUCCAGGAUCCAGGUGUGGCUGUAUGAACAAGUUAACAUGCGGAUAGAAGGCUGCAUUAUUGGUUUUGAUGAAUACAUGAACUUGGUGCUUGAUGACGCUGAAGAGGUUCACAUGAAAACAAAAACCAGAAAACCCCUUGGACGGAUAAUGCUGAAAGGAGACAAUAUCACCCUACUACAAAGUGUGGCGAACUAGUGCACCCAGAGUAUCCCUUGUUUAAUGGCCAAUAGUUUCUUUGAUCGGUUGUAGCUGUUGUGGAGCAGGUGAUGAAGUGUAUGUUGAUGGUCAUAAGAGUAAUUUAGGCUUUAACCAGCCAACUGUAUAACAGACAGAUGUAUGCCGAAUGGAGUCUUUCUGACCGCUUAUUUUGUAUUUUCUUGUGUAGUGUGUACCAAUAAAACUGGAGUGCUUUUUGUAAUCCUCUA